CGCAUCAUUGAUUAUAUGGGUAGGCUACUAAGUCAUAUACCUUUUAAAUGAAAAACCUGUGACCUUACCUUUAUAUUGAACAUUUGGAUGAUACAUGUAUCAUCAACGGAUUUUAAUGAUUAAACAGGACUGCAGUAAAUAAUGGCUGAUAAGUACGAAGAUGAGAUGCCAUAUGCUGAAGUGGGAUCACCGACUCGUCAACUUUAUAUUAAUAUUCCUGCACGACAAGAAAAACAUUCUGUGGCACCACCCUUGCCACCCAGAAGACAAACCACCUUGCCAAAGUCAUCAGAAGACAUCAAAUACAACAAUACAACUAGCGUACUUAGAGACCGGCAUGAUUCCAGAGGUCAUUUAACUGAUUCUCAGCCGAAUCUGCAUAGCAACAAUUUAAGCUUAAAUCGCUCUUUCGGGUCAACGGCUUCCGUACACACCGUAAACGAUAUAUCAACAUUUCCAAGGAGAGGGUUUCAAAGCAAUGGUGGAUCCCCAGAAACCAACUGUAGCCGUAUAUAUUAUAGCAUUAAUUCUUCAUCUGGGGGAUUAAAUCGCGUUCCUUCAGAAUAUCAACUGUUUUCAGAUCUACCGAUAUCAAGGGGAUUUCAAAAUACCACAACCAACCAUUUUGUGUCUACAAAAAGGUUAGAAUCAGAUGAAAAUAUUUCUGGGAUAUUCGUGAAAGACUCUUUGCACUUCCCAUCCGAAAACUGGUCACAAACAAUUGACGAAUUGAUUGCCCUAUACAUAGAACUUGAAAUGGAGGAUUCCCGUAAACAGGACUUUAAGAGGCAUAUUGUAACUCGAGUAUUGCCGCGACUGAGACGCACUGAUAUUGCAGGAAUGACGAAGCUCUUGCACAUAGGUAGUAAAAACAUCACAGAAAUUGUAGUUCCUGUAUUAAUUGAAGAAACGAUAGAAAUAGAUUUACGAUCUGUGAAUGUAGUAACUUUGUAUCAAGCAUUUAAUUCAGUGGUCGAAGUCUUCACCAAUUCAUCUCUCGAUCUUCUUUUGGUUUUAUUCAAUUUAGCAUCAAUUAUUCGAAUGAAAUAUAAUGAAAAUCAAAAACCUCAGAGAAAAAAUAUUUGCAAAAAAUGCCUGGACAGGUGUAAAUCUCUUAGCUCGUUCAAAAUGUGCAAUUCGAUGAAUGCACUGAAGUUGUUUACUGAACAGUUUAAAUCAUCAACGAAAUGGGAACUUCCUAGGAGCAAUACAGAAGGAGGAAAAAGUUUACAGACGAUGAAUUUUGUAGACCUGUAUUCAUAUUUGUAUGGGCUCUUAAACAAGAUAUUCCUUUCUGUUAAGACUACAGAUAAUAAGUAUGUGGAUGAACUGAAGCGUACUACUGCACAUCUUGUUGAAAAGAAGCACAAGCCUCAAUCAGAUAGUGGUACUAUACAGGAAAUAACAUUAAGAUUAAUAACUACUGCUUGUUUUCUUCUUCUCAAAAAUGAUGCCUACCUGGAACUACAAUCAGAAGAAACAACCGAAGGAUUGUUUACUGUUUUAGAUUUAAUUUUGAUGAAUUCAAAUGUUUUACAAGAAACAAGAAUUUCAUUGAUGACAGUUUUAGAACCGUUGUUGUUAGUUGAAAACAAGAAAACUAUUACACGAAUCUUGCAAUUAUUUAUUAAAAAUCACCAAACAUCAGUCCCUAUAUCCAGACUUGUGCAACAAUACAUUAGCAAGGAGCUUUUACAUGCAGGAAUUAAAAUUUCAGAUUAUUCUUGUUUAAACGAAAUAGUCCCAACAUGGUUAACUACAAAAGGAGUACUGAGUUAUAAUGAAAAAGAAAUACUUCUCCAUUGUUUGAUGCCAACACUAUCAUGCUUGUGUAAUGGAAAAAUUACUGAAUACAAAACGGAAGCAGACCAACAGGAAAGAAAUUUUCAUCUUAACAAUUUGCGGAUACUUACAUAUCUGCAAGAUGGGAAAACUCAUAACUCUGUAAUACAACUAUUGGCAUAUCAGUUUCAACCACUACCAUUAUUUUACAUCACAGAACGCAUGUCCUCAUUGACUCUUAACGAGUUUCUUUUACGAAAAAGGAAACAAUCAAAAUGGCAGCCUAACAAAAUGUUAACGUCAUUAGUGUUGGAAAUUGUUGAUGUGGUUAUUUUCCUUAAAGACAGAGGUAUCAUUCACCGGGAUCUUACAAGUCAUGCAUUUAGAAUAUGUGAUGGUGGCCAAAGAAUCGUUUUACAUGAUUUCUCAAUAGCAUUAAUGCUUGAAGGAAAGGAUUUCAUACAAGCCGACGACAACCAUUUAAUUCCCACCUUAUGGUCAGCUCCGGAGAGCAUAUUGGAAGACAAAUACAAUGUAAAGUCAGACGCAUGGAUGGUUGGCCAUUUAUUGUAUGAAAUUUUUACACAUGGAUGCCAGCCGUAUACAGAGAUGUACACAUUCGGUAUUGACAAGGUUCUUUCCUAUGUUGUUUUCCAUAACCUUCAACCAAAGCAGUGGCAAUGUAUUCCUAAGUGCAUCUUUGAAUUAAUCAUCGCAUUGUUACAACGGAACCCAGAAGACAGGUGCGAUCUAUCUGAGAUACAAAAUAAACUAAAAGAGACGAUAGAUAUGUAUAGCAGUCAAGUAGGAUCGAAACGUAGGCAUCAUUCCCUCCGACAUGAAGAGGAUACAUUAUAUCCAAGUAUAGAUCCAAAACAGGACAUUCCAAUGCGAGGAAUACCUCAACUUUUUCUGCAGAUGAAAAAACAGACCAUUACCAGAUCCGAUCACUUAUACAACGCAUACACGAACCUUAAAAUUGAAGAAAGAAGAAGCCAAAUAACAGAAAUACAGAUUCAGAUCUCUGAGCUAACUGCACCAGACAGACCACGUGUGAACAUUGAGGAUAACCAUAUUCAUGUUCGAGAGCCUGUAACAACUAAUCUUAUAGACAAAAUUAGAUCACAUUUGGAAUCAGAUACUUUUAACAACGUACUGAAAAUGAAAUAUUGUCCAACAUGGACAAAAACAGAUGGACAGAGUGACACAUACCUUCUUGAUUAUAGUAUGGACUGCAGAACAAGUGUUAUGGAAAUAGCAAACUCAAGACAUUUCGGGGAUCCAUCUAAUGAUAUUGUUAAAAAGAAAAACAUUGAAUUAAUUCUUAAAAUGGUGAAGUUCGUUAUGGAAAUGAACAGUUGUUCGUGGAUUCUUGGAUCAGUUCGAUGUGCCGAUAUGUACCUGUCUAAUGAAAAUGAUCAGGUUGUUAUGGCUAGAUUAGGGAGAAUGUUAUGGUUUGACCGAUCCGGAUUAGAAGAUGAUUAUGUGAUUGCUAGUCAAGAUUGUACAGAUAAUAUGAGAUGGUGUCCAGUAGAAGUGCUGCAAUUCAAACAGUACUCAUUUGCAUCAGACGUGUACUCACUAGCUAUGACCAUCUACGAGUUUUUCAUGACUUUGUCUGUUAACCAAAGAGAUCCAAUGGCAGGAGAAUUGGAAUCAGCGCCUUUUCCAUACGUGGCUUUGGAGGAUUUGCGUGACCACCUAUUCAGAGAUGGAAAGCCAGACCAGCCAGAGGCCUGCCCAGAGUGGUUGUAUGUACAAAUGUGUCGGUGUUGGAGUAAGGACAAGGACAAACGUCCUACCUGUGAACAACUCUUUAAUAUCAUAGAAAAACAUUUACGAUCGGAAGAAAAUGUCUCAGAACAAGAUCAGUAUGACAUGAUACCAGAACAGAAAGACAAUAAUGAUCAAUACGAAGACAUUAUAGAAAACGGCGCUACAAAUAUUGCGAAUCUUGCUGUUAGUGAAAUGGAAGGGGAUAAUAUACAUUACCAAAGUAUUCCUUUUGAUUGUGUUAAUAGUGAUAGUGAUUCUGAUGAAAAUGAAAUUGUACUACAAAAACAACAACAAAAGAAAACUAAAGCAAUAUAUCCAAAGGCUGAUGCAAACACAACAGAUGGCAUGGAAUAUGGUUUUGUUAGAAAUACGGACAACGAGUCGGAAUCUACUAGAGUUAAUAGUGUGGUAUUCUCAUUGGACAUAUGAAUCUCCGUUUUACUUUGUAUCAGUUUAAAUCUUACUACUGUUGAAGUCAUAUUAAAAAAAAGUGUGGCUCCUAUUUAAAUCAGAAAAUUUUAGAUUUAGAUUUCUCCAGAUUUAACUUCUUAUUGAAAAUUAUUAGUUAUCUAAAUAAAUAUUAUUUUGUCCUGA